CAAACAUAUAUAAAAGUUCCACCUUGGGCCUUGUGCGGAGAUCAGAAGAGAAGAGAGGGGAAACCCUAGACCAAAAAACAAAGGAAAAAUAGCUUUUUGAUUCUGCUUUCCUCUCUGUAAUCCGGAUACGAUUCGUCUGCUUGCUAGCGCCACCGUCUCAGAUCCGACGCUCUCUCUUUCCAUUUAAUUCAGAGAGCCAUGGCGGAUCGGUUGACGCGUAUUGCCAUAGUAAGCUCGGACAGGUGCAAACCCAAAAAGUGUCGCCAGGAGUGCAAGAAAAGUUGCCCCGUCGUUAAGACUGGAAAAUUGUGUAUUGAGGUUACACCUGCAUCCAAAAUUGCUUUCAUAUCUGAGGAGCUUUGCAUUGGUUGCGGUAUCUGUGUUAAGAAAUGCCCAUUUGAAGCAAUUCAGAUUAUUAACUUGCCCAAGGAUUUGGAUAAAGAUACAACCCAUCGUUAUGGCCCCAAUACAUUUAAACUCCACAGGUUACCAGUUCCAAGGCCAGGCCAAGUUCUAGGCUUGGUUGGAACUAACGGCAUUGGCAAGUCUACUGCACUUAAAGUUUUGGCUGGGAAACUGAAACCAAAUUUGGGGCGUUUCACCAAUCCUCCGGAUUGGCAGGAAAUCUUGACCUACUUUAGAGGUUCUGAGCUGCAAAAUUACUUUACUCGUAUACUGGAAGAUAAUUUGAAGGCUAUUAUAAAGCCUCAGUAUGUUGAUCACAUUCCCAAAGCUGUUCAAGGUAACGUAGGUCAAGUGCUUGAUCAAAAAGAUGAGAGAGACAGGAAGGCCGAACUCUGCAAAGAUCUUGACCUUAACCAGGUUAUAGACCGUAAUGUUGGAGAUCUAUCUGGUGGAGAGCUUCAGAGAUUUGCUAUUGCUGUUGUUGCCAUUCAAAGGGCCGAGAUAUAUAUGUUUGACGAACCUUCCAGUUAUCUUGAUGUGAAACAAAGACUCAAAGCAGCUCAAGUAAUCCGAUCCUUGCUCAGGCCCGACAGCUAUGUAAUUGUUGUUGAGCAUGACCUGAGCGUCCUAGAUUACUUGUCAGACUUUAUAUGCUGUCUUUACGGGAAACCUGGUGCAUAUGGAGUUGUUACUCUUCCAUUCUCAGUCAGAGAAGGAAUCAAUAUUUUCUUGGCUGGAUUUGUGCCUACAGAAAAUCUUCGGUUCCGAGAUGAGUCUCUUACAUUCAAGGUUGCUGAGACUCCACAGGAGAGUGCUGAGGAAAUCGAAACAUAUGCACGAUACAAAUACCCAACUAUGACUAAAACUCAGGGCAAUUUCAGACUUCAUGUAGUUGAGGGUGAAUUUACUGAUUCUCAGAUUGUUGUGAUGUUGGGUGAGAAUGGUACAGGGAAGACAACAUUUAUUCGUAUGCUGGCUGGUCUGUUGAAGCCUGAUGUUAUUGGGGGUACUGAUGUGGAGAUACCUGAGUUUAAUGUUUCUUACAAGCCCCAGAAAAUCAGUCCGAAGUUUCAGUCUACUGUCAGGCACCUGCUACACCAAAAAAUACGUGAUUCAUACACUCAUCCCCAAUUUAUGUCGGAUGUGAUGAAGCCUCUUCUUAUAGAACAGUUGAUGGAUCAAGAAGUUGUAAAUCUUUCUGGAGGAGAGCUACAGAGAGUUGCACUUUGUUUAUGCCUUGGAAAGCCUGCUGACAUUUAUCUAAUCGACGAACCUAGUGCUUAUCUUGAUUCUGAGCAGCGUAUUGUUGCUUCAAAGGUCAUAAAGAGGUUUAUCCUCCAUGCGAAGAAAACUGCUUUUGUGGUUGAGCAUGAUUUUAUUAUGGCAACUUAUCUGGCAGAUAGAGUUAUUGUGUACGAGGGAAAUCCAUCAAUUGACUGUACUGCUAAUUCUCCCCAGUCAUUGUUGACUGGGAUGAAUCUAUUCUUAUCUCAUCUGGAUAUCACAUUUAGACGAGACCCAACUAAUUUCCGCCCAAGAAUCAACAAACUGGACUCGACUAAAGAUAGAGAGCAGAAGCAUGCCGGGUCCUACUAUUACUUGGAUGAUUAAAUUACUCUUGAACGGGUGUGUAUAAUUAAUUCAGUUUUCGUUUUCUCUGAACAUUUUAGUGCCAUCUCCUUUUUGGUGACUUAUUUUGGGGGGGAGUGGUUCUGCAGUUGCCUUGUUUAUUCAACAGAGAUGAUAUUUAUGAGCUGAUCACGUGGGAUCUUAUCCAUCAUGUUCCGACCAAUACGUUCGACAAUUGAGGAGAGACCCUGAUGAAGUUGUUUGUGUUUUGCUCGAAAUGAGCGUGUGGACGCCUCGCAAUUUAGUUAUAAGUUUCGGCUGCAAGUACUCUCUUGCUUGCUGUUCUCCAGUUUUGAUAUGACAAUAGGCGAACGAAUUGUUUUUAGCUUUGCCAUUGAGCCUCGUCGAAUAGAGGAACAACAUGAACUUAGAGCUUCCAUUUUCAUUUUUCUGUAAUUUUAGGGUUACUUAUUACUCGUUAGUUAUUUUGCAGAUAUUACUCUUGAUUUUUAUAUAAAUUAUUGGUUAAACCCCUUGUGAUGUC